AUGAAAUAUCUCUCUAAGCGGGCCGCCAGCAUGGACAGUGUUGGCACCGACUGCCGAGAGCUCAAGCGUACCUACGACGAAUGUUUUAAUAAAUGGUUUUCGGAAAAGUUCCUCAAAGGCGUCACUGAAGACCCGUGCACAGCCUUGUUCAAAGUUUACCAAGAUUGCGUCAAGAAAGCCAUCAGGGAAAAGAAUCUUAACCUUGAGGAAAUUGAAACAGAUGUCCUGGGAACAGAGAGAGAAAAACAGCCGCCUCCAACAACAUAA